AAGCACGCAUCGCGCAUGGUUGCUCGAGUGGCGUAAUUGUUAAAAGCCGGUUAACUUCCGACGGCUCGUCAAUGAAAGCUCAAGCGUAAAGGAAGCAUAUUCGGAACACGUUGUUAGUGCUUUGGCAAACUUUAACGAACUUGCACGAAUGCUUUAAGAUCGCAACUCCAUUUACCCCGAGGAAAUUUUCGUAGGUCGAACAUUUUCGUAGGUGAUCAAAAGAGAGAGAGAAAGAGAGAGAGAGAGAGAUAGAGAGAGAGAGAGAGAGAAAAAGAGAGAGAAGAAAAAAGAAAAGAAACGAACAACGUUAUUAAGCUCGCGGUAUCGAUUUAUAAAGCUCUGUCCAUUUGCGGUGCGACACUUUCGUUCGGGAGAAUACUCGUAGAAAUAAAAUUCUCUAUAGCAUGACCCAAUGCACUUGUUUCAGCAUAUUUUGUAAUCGUUCUAAAAGAAUAUCAUAACGUACCGCAGUUUGAUGACGGUUUUAUGCUUUGGAGGAUAAAGAUCCUCGUCGCGUUGGGCGAAUAUCAUAAUUGGCAAGACUGCUCGAUCCCCUCGGUGAAAAAAAAAAGGAAAAAAAGAAACAAAAGAAAAGAAAAAAGAAAAAUUCUCAAAUGACUUUAAAGCGUCACGACCAAACACGUACGUAAAAUUCAAAUGUCACGUUAAAACUAUUGCGCGCAAUACGCGACCCAUCGUAAGAGCAUAGCUACUAUAUGGUCGAUCGUACGAAAAGAUAGUGGGGGAAAAUUUGUAACGAGCGUGCAACGUGCAGGUGUCAAGGACACGCGAGGAAGCUCGUAGAAGCAAGAAACGGCUUCAGUAUCGGAGCCGUCUCGCGAGGACGAUGCAUUCGACGACGGAAGUGCUCUUCAAGUACGCCUGGGACCCGCGAAAGGUGGUUCAAGCAAAAGGAGCCAAGAUGCCGGCUGUUAGAGGCGAUGGCAUGCGAGGUUUAGCCGUCUUUAUUUCAGACAUUAGGAAUUGUAAAAGUAAAGAGGCAGAAAUCAAAAGAAUAAACAAGGAAUUGGCAAAUAUACGUAGCAAGUUUAAAGGUGAUAAGACCCUCGAUGGCUAUCAGAAGAAAAAGUAUGUUUGCAAGCUACUAUUUAUUUUCUUGCUCGGUCACGAUAUUGAUUUUGGGCACAUGGAAGCAGUUAAUUUGCUUUCCUCGAAUAAAUAUUCGGAAAAACAAAUUGGUUAUCUUUUUAUAUCGGUUUUAGUAAAUACCAACAGCGAUCUCAUUAAAUUAAUAAUCCAAAGUAUAAAAAACGAUCUUGCAUCUCGCAAUCCAAUCCAUGUAAAUCUUGCAUUGCAAUGCAUUGCCAAUAUCGGUAGCAAAGAGAUGGCAGAGGCAUUUGGGAAUGAAAUUCCAAAGUUACUCGUCUCAGGCGAUACGAUGGACGUGGUCAAGCAAAGCGCAGCAUUGUGCUUGUUGCGAUUAUUACGUACUGCCCCGGACGUUGUCCCUAGCGGAGAAUGGACAUCUCGCAUAGUGCAUCUUUUGAAUGAUCAACAUCUUGGAGUUGUAACUGCAGCGGCAUCGCUGAUAGAUGCACUUGUGAAAAGAAAUCCGGACGAGUACAAAGGCUGCGUCAGUCUUGCCGUUUCCAGAUUGAGCAGAAUCGUCACGUCGAAUUAUACGGAUCUGCAGGAUUACACUUAUUACUUCGUCCCGGCACCGUGGCUGUCGGUAAAAUUAUUAAGAUUGUUGCAGAAUUAUACACCGCCAGCCGAAGAUCCAGGAGUCAGAGGAAGAUUAAACGAGUGCCUGGAGACUAUAUUGAACAAGGCACAAGAACCACCAAAAUCUAAGAAAGUACAACAUUCUAAUGCAAAGAAUGCAGUUCUCUUUGAGGCUAUUAGUUUAAUUAUUCAUAACGACAGCGAACCAAAUUUGUUAGUACGCGCGUGCAAUCAGCUGGGCCAAUUUUUGUCAAAUCGUGAAACUAAUCUACGUUAUUUGGCGCUCGAGUCCAUGUGCCAUUUAGCAACGUCAGAAUUUUCUCAUGAAGCCGUGAAGAAGCAUCAAGAGGUGGUCAUAUUAUCAAUGAAGAUGGAAAAGGAUGUAUCAGUUAGGCAGCAAGCGGUAGAUCUUUUGUACGCCAUGUGCGAUAAGAGCAAUGCGGAAGAAAUAGUACAAGAAAUGUUGAAUUACCUCGAGACUGCAGAUUAUUCCAUCAGAGAGGAAAUGGUUCUCAAGGUAGCAAUUUUAGCUGAAAAAUAUGCUACCGAUUAUACCUGGUACGUUGACGUUAUCCUAAAUCUAAUCAGGAUAGCUGGCGACUAUGUCUCGGAAGAAGUCUGGUAUAGAGUUAUACAGAUCGUCAUUAACAGAGACGACGUACAAGGAUACGCUGCUAAAACUGUUUUCGAGGCCCUGCAAGCACCGGCGUGUCACGAAAACAUGGUCAAAGUCGGCGGAUACAUUUUAGGAGAAUUUGGUAAUCUUAUUGCUGGCGAUCAGCGAUCAUCCCCGUCCGUACAAUUUCAGCUGUUACAUUCCAAAUAUCAUCUGUGCUCACCGAUGACGCGGGCGUUACUAUUGUCUACCUACAUCAAGUUUGUCAAUCUCUUCCCCGAAAUACGGAGCCAAAUACAGGAUGUGUUCAGGCAACAUAGCAACUUACGUAGCGCGGAUGCCGAGCUUCAGCAAAGAGCAUCCGAGUAUUUGCAAUUGAGCAUAAUAGCUUCCACCGACGUCUUGGCAACCGUAUUAGAGGAAAUGCCUGCAUUCCCGGAACGUGAGUCCUCAAUUCUUGCGGUUCUAAAGAAGAAGAAACCUGGUCGCGUGCCGGAGAACGAGAUUAGGGAGAGUAAGAGCCCGGCCCCCAACACCAAUCAUCAUGCUGAACCACCGUCGGCCACUGCGGCGGUUACCGCGGUAAAUAAUACGUCCGCGGAUCUUUUGGGUUUGUCGACACCACCGUCGUCCCAGCCAACUAGCAAUACCGGCGUUCUUUUGGAUGUUCUGGGCGACAUAUACAAUAUGCCGAAUAAAGUUGGCGCGACGAACGGCACUCAAAACAUGUACAAUCCUAAAAAAUUCGUUUGUAAGAACAACGGGGUGCUCUUUGAGAACGAUUUGAUUCAAAUCGGUGUGAAAUCCGAAUUUCGACAAAAUCUAGGACGCGUUGGUCUUUUCUACGGCAACAAAACUCAGUACGCGUUGCAUAGUUUUCAACCGCAGCUAUCUUGGUCGGAAGAGAAUCAAGCAAAGUUGGCCGUUCAAGUUAAGCCCGUUGAUCCUGUCCUGGAAGCUGGCGCACAGAUUCAACAAAUGAUCAAUGCCGAAUGUAUCGACGAUUAUAGCGAUGCCCCUAGUAUGCUCAUAUCCUUUAUUUAUAACAACGUGCCGCAGAAGAUUACGAUGAAGUUACCAUUGACGAUAAACAAAUUCUUCGAACCGACGGAAAUGAAUGGAGAAUCCUUCUUUGCACGGUGGAAGAACCUUGGAGGGGCGAACCAACAACGCUCGCAAAAGAUAUUCAAAGCGCAACAACCGAUGGACUUGACCCAGGUCCGUACAAAAUUGCAAGGAUUUGGAAUGCAGUUAUUAGACGGGAUCGAUCCUAAUCCCGACAAUUUCGUUUGCGCGGGUAUAGUUCAUAUGAGAGCUCAGCAAGUUGGAUGUUUAUUGCGCCUUGAACCCAAUAAACAGGCGCAGAUGUUCCGAUUAACUGUACGUUCGAGUAAAGAGUCUAUGUCGGUCGAGAUCUGUGACCUGCUAGUGGACCAAUUUUAAUAAGGCCUAGCAGGCCGCGUAUAAGCGACGAAAGAAGCUAGUUUAUGGUGACGUUGCGGGAAGACACGAUAACUCUUGAUGAAGCAUCCUAUGUCGUCUCGCGUCGUACGCCAGAGAAAGCAGAUACUGAUAAUUAAUCGUUAAGAAGCGUGCGUUGUACCCAAGCUUACGGAUAGACCUUUGGUUGCUAUAAUAUCUAUCACACCAAUGCAAGGAAAGUGAUGCUCUCAAGAAGAUAUUUGGUGGCACGAUAACAAGUAAGAUGGUAAGGUAAAAGAUAAGAAAAGAAAAUAAAAUAACGGUGUUUCCUAAACAGCCUAGCGUUAGAACGUAAGAUUAUUAUAAAUGAAAGAAAAGAAAGUCAGAAAGGGGUCAAACUUUGACAAAACGAAAGUUACAUGAUAUACCGCAUGUAUCAUUAUACUUUGUAUAUCGUUUCUACGCGACGUUUCCAUCUUUUAUUAGACUCAGCAUUCCGACACGGACGUAACGUAUGUACCUUUAGUUUCUAAUUCCGCGUGUCGGUUCGUAAACGUUCUUGUCAACGUCCGAAAUCUUUUCUGGGUCCGAAUUUUGUCAGCAGAGAAGGUAGCAAGUAAUUGUUCGCAUCCAUGUCUAAUUUCGUUUUUUUUUUUCUUUUUUCUUUUUUUGGAAAGCGACCAUUUCCAUUUAUAUUUUGUCUGUCUGUCUGUCUGUCUGUCUGUCUGUCUGUUUGCUUGCUGCGUGCGUGCGUGUUUAUUGUCGUCUCUACGUGUGUAUGUGUGUUGCGUGCGUGUGUUGAAUGACACUCGUACCGUACAGAACAAAACGAGUACGCGCGAUGUGUGUACGUUCUUUUUAUAUAGCGAGCAUCAUACGAAACCCGAAUAAUCCCUCGAUAUACAUAUAUUAUAACGGCAUUAACGCAACAUAUCGGUUCUCAUAGCACACGCACUCAUUUGUCACAAGUGCCAUUCUCUACGCUGUCCCACUCGGUAAUGGUCUUCUCCUUUGUCAUUACGAUUUCCCCCCGAGCUUCUUCCCUAUCUUUUUAUAUCUUUUUUUUCCUUUUUUUUUCAUCGCUGUGCGAUCAAGUCGCGCGCAACGAUUACUAGAUUUGAGUCCGAUAACCAUGGGCACUAUGAUAUUAGUCGAUUCAACUUGAAUAUUCUCCUGUAAUUAAAGGUUGAUAUAUCCUUAUCAACGAUAAAGAUUCCUACAAUCAGUUUAUUUUUCUCCGCUCACUUCCCGCAAUUUUCUCUCUCUCUCUCUCUCUCUCUCUCUCUCUUUCUCUCUCUCUCCUCCCCGCUCCCCCGGGCCCCAUUUUCUCCGUUCAAUGUCGCGGGAUAGAUCCAUGGCUGGUAAAUUUCCUGAUUUGUAAGUAACAUAGAAAAAAAAAACAAAUAAUGAUUAUGUUGACGUUGAUGAUGAUUGUCGGAAACGUAAGAUGCCGUGGCUUUUUGGUGAAUAAUCCAAGCGUUAAUGAAUUAGUUAAUUUCCAUGUAAGCAUGACUAGAGAUCGAUCUUUAAUUAAUUUUAACGAGUUUUAUGUGAGAUGUAUAUUUCAGUAGUAACAUAUGUAAUGGAAGCGCGCGUGUACAUUGUACAGGUGAUAUUUACAAUGCACUUCUAUGCAUAGUAACAAGGGUUGCGUGACCUAUAUAUAUGUACGUACGUGUUAACGAUAUUAUCGAGAGAAGAGAGAAAAUAAGAGGAAAAGGGGAAAAUAUAAUCGAAAAACGAAAGAAAAGAGCAGCUUUAAGCGGCGUUGAGACAUGAUAUAUAGUUUACGGAAGAUGAUAAUAAUUAAUCCAGAUGAUUGUAAAGCUCUAUUCAAUUGUAAAUAAGUAAUUUUCAUUAUAAUAAUUAGAAGCAAUCCGUUAAUGCGGUUGCUUUUCGCGAGACACAUAGAUCGCAGUACUCGUAGCCUCGAGAGAACCAUUCGACUUAAUUUUCUUUUUUGUUUUCUUUUUGUUUUUUUUCCCCCUCUUUUCUUUUUUCUAUCCUUGUUCUUUUUCUUUAGUAUUCACACUCACAUUUUCCCUCUUUUCUCCUCGUACUUUUACAUAUAUUUUUUUUCUCUCUUUAUUUAAUCGUAAGCCCACAUUAUUGUACAAUGGUAUACAUACAUAUCUGUUGAAUGUGAAUGUUAACUUAUAAUAUAUUGUCAAAGUUAUUAAGUUAAAUGCGUUCCAUCGUCGGGUCUACGUAUUUUACAGAAUCGAAAAGAUGCCUACAUUCUUACACAUUACGUCGCGUAGUAAUGUCUUGUUAAAAAGAAAUGAAAGAGAAAUGCCUGUAAAAAAAAAAAUUUAAAUUCCAAUGCGACAAACAAAUACAAGGAGAAAAAAGGAAAAGUAAACGACGGAUAUUCGUGGACAAUAAGUAUUACAGGCGAUCUUGCGGAUAGCUUAACUGCGACAAAAGAAAAAGAAAAAAAAUAAAUAAAAAAAUAAAAAAAACGAAAAAAGACAAAAAAAAAAAAGAAAAAGAGCAAAAGGACAAACGAAAGAGUCCUUUUUUCGAAACUGAGAAAUGUUAAAAUUGUAUUUUGCGAAAUUCGGGAUACGUCGUAUCCUUCCCAUUAGUAGUAUUCAAUGUGUUAUAUAUGUGUAAAAUAUAUCCAUGCAGAAUCUCAUUACUAA